CGAUUCCUUGCCCGGCUCGGUCCUCGGCCCCCUCGCAUUUCUGUGCUGCCACUUCGGUUAUCGAGUCGCUCGCUGUUAUCAUUGUGCCGUUCUUGUGUGGUCGCGUGUUCUGUUCAGUGUUACCGUCUCCGUUGUAUCCGUAGUCGAACUAGCGAUGGCCACCGAGGUAGAGAAUAACGUGCCGGCCGUCGAGACCAAGGAGAUCAAGGAGGAAGCGCCCGCCGACAAGGCGGACGAGGCCGCCGCCGGGAAACAGGAGAGCGCCGGGGACGCUCCCGCAGCCAAAGAGAAGGAGCCGGCACCCCCGAAAGUUGUAGUGCAUAAGACGAACUUCGAAAAGGACGUGGUCUAUCUGUACCAGUUCUCUCGCACUCCUCUGCUGCCAUCCCUGUCUCCUUACUGCCUCAAAGUGGAGACCUGGUUACGGCUCGCCGGUGUUAAAUAUGAGAAUGUGGACCACAAGAUGAAGUACCGCUCAAAGAAGGGCCAGCUGCCGUUCGUGGAGCUCAACGGUGAGGAGAUCGCCGACAGUGCCAUCAUCAUCAAGGAGCUGUCGCAGAAAUUCGGCCACGACCUCGACGCCGGCCUCAGCAUCGAACAGAGGAACCUCGCGCACGCCACCAUCUCCAUGAUCGAGAACCACCUCGCCUGGGUGGUGAUGUGGUGGCGCACCAAGUACCCCGACCAGGUCCUCAAAGGUUACAAGGUCAACCUGCAGCACGCCCUCGGCACCAGGAUACCCAACGGCAUCCUCAAUUUCUUCUUCAAAUUCGCAUUUGGCAGAAAGUGGUUCCAGGGUUCGAAAAAGGUAAAAGCCCAGGGUAUAGGAGUCCAUUCGGCGGAAGAGAUCAACGAGUUCGGACAGGAGGAUCUGAAGGUGCUCUCCGACAUGCUCGCCGAUAAACCUUUCUUCUUCGGAGACGAGCCCACGAAUUUGGACGUAGUUGUGUUUGCCCACCUCGCUCAAAUCUACUUCAUCGACAAGGAGGUGAGCUACUCCCUCCGCGAUUUCAUGACCGAAUCCUGUCCAAACCUUGUAGGCCUUGUGAAUCGCAUGAAGGAGCGUUGCUUCCCCGACUGGGACGACAUCUGCACGACCCUGGACUUGAACUCUCAUCUGCCUAAGCCCGCUCCAGAGGAAUCCAAAGACAACAAGGAGGAGAGCAAAGACGAGAAGGAAGGCGACAAGGAGAAGGAGCCCGAGGAGAAGGACAUAGAGAAGGAGAAGGCUGACGAAAAGGAGAAGGACAAAGCUAAAGAGAAAGAGACGGCAGAGAACAAAGAGAAGGAAGGAAAAUAAAGAGACCCGACGGUCUCCCGAGCCCACUGCCGAGGCACCUAUAUCCCUUUUCCUUUUUCCUUUUUACUUAAACCUUAUAAAUACUUUGAUUUUAUAUCUCAAACUAUGUGCAACAAUCUAGUGUAUAAGAUUCAUCCAUAUAUUAACACAUUUUUUAUUGGAAUAUAUUUGAAAUACUCGUCAGUGAAAGAUGAUUGUAGCUUUUUUUAUAAAAUAUAGAGGACAGUUUUAUUCAUAAAAUAUAUUCAUUGCAUAGUUAAGGUUAAUUGUUUGUAUAAAUAAUUUUAGCUAGUUUUUUUUUUCUAUCGUAAGCAAUUGUAUGUCCGACAAGCCCUGAAGGGCGCGCGACAGGUCCAGGCCGACGAAAGAGGAUUUCGCCAGUCCGAACCAGGGACUGCCCCUUUCGGGGCUUAUCCGUGUUAGUGCAGUCUUAAUGUACGAAAUAUAUUAUAUCCAGUUAGUAGUACAUUAUAUUCAUUGUAUCCAUUCCACAUUUUAACAUUGCAUCACAAAAUUAACAUUGCUUGACAGUUCUAUCUACUGUAGAUUUUUGUAUUUUUUUAAUGGAUAAUUAAUUUUAAGGUUCAACGCUCCUCGUCUAUCGGGCCGCGACGAGUUAUUGACAUGAUCGUACAUCUCUCUCAAGCUCAAUAGAUUGACUAUCAUGUUGAAAUUUUAAUUUAGAUUUUAUUGUAAUUUUAAUUGACUUUACAACUGUGUUGUAUGCUAUUAUAAUUUAAAUAAAUAAAUUGGUAUUUUAAA